CCGCCCGUAGAAACUUAGGAGAACCGAGUUCCGGGUAAGAUUGGGCCGGGAUUUGCCAGAGUUUAGCUGAGCCGCCCCUUCUCAGCCUUGGAGCCUGGAGCCGGGGACCCCAACCUCCGUCGCCACCAUGGUACGCUGCAGCUGCUCGCUCCUGAGGAAGUAUGGAAACUUCAUGGACAACCUAAGACUCUUUGCAAAAGGAGGAGCUGGUGGAAUGGGUUAUCCUCGAUUAGGUGGAGAAGGAGGGAAAGGUGGUGAUGUCUGGAUUGUAGCCAAAAAGAAAAUGAACUUAAAACAAAUUAAGGAUAAAUAUCCCCAGAAACGGUUUGUAGCAGGAGAGGGAGCAAAUAGUCGAAUCAGUGCCUUAAAGGGAGAAAAAGGCCUCGAUUGUGAAAUUUCUGCACCGGUGGGCAUUAUAGUAACCGAUGAGAGAGGCAAAAUUAUAGGAGAACUCAAUAAAGAGGACGAUAGAAUUUUAAUAGCACAAGGAGGACUUGGGGGUAAUUUGCUUUCAAAUUUCUUGCCAUCUAAGGGCCAGAAAAGAAUAAUUCAUCUUGAUCUAAAACUUAUAGCUGACAUAGGCCUCGUAGGAUUUCCAAAUGCUGGAAAAUCUUCUUUACUAAGUAAAGUUUCUCAUGCCAAACCUGAGAUUGCAGAUUAUGCAUUUACAACAGUAAAACCUCAGUUGGGAAAGAUUAUGUAUAAUGAUUUCAAGCAGGUAUCUGUAGCUGAUCUUCCAGGUUUAAUAGAAGGAGCACAUAUGAACAAAGGAAUGGGACAUAAAUUCCUCAAGCAUAUAGAAAGAACCAAACAGCUUCUUUUUGUCGUUGAUGUUGCUGGAUUUCAGCUUUCUUCAAAAACUAAAUUCAGAUCUGCCUUUGAAACUGUAAUAUUGCUUACAAAGGAACUAGAGCUAUACAAAGAGGACCUUAUGAUGAAACCUUCACUACUUGCAGUUAAUAAAAUGGAUUUACCAGAAGCAAAAGACAAAUUCAGUGAACUUGUGAACCAACUACAGAAUCCUAAAGAUUUUUCACAUCUCUUUGAAAAAGAUGAAAUUCCAGGGAAAACUAUGGAGUUUCACCAUAUCAUCCCAAUAUCUGCACAAACAGGAGAAGGAAUUGAAGAACUAAAGAACUGUCUAAGAAUCUCUCUAGAUGAACAAUCCAAUCAGGAAAAGGAAAAAUUCUCUGAAAAACAAUUGCUUAAUUUACGAAAUUCAAAUUUGCCAUAUAGUGAUCUAUCAUCAAAAUAUGCUAAAGUGGAAAUAACUGAAUGUCAUUAAAUAUAAUUAAAAUAUUAUACUGUUAAUUAGGUUAGAUUAAACUGAAGAUUCCUUCCCACUCAA